AUGGGGGAGAUCCCGACCCUGGUGAAGAUCGCGGUCUCCCUGAAGAUCCAGCCCAAUGACGGGCCGGUCUAUUUCAAGGUGGACGGGCAGAGGUUCGGCCAGAACCGGACCAUUAAAUUGCUGACCGGGGCCAAAUACAAGAUCGAGGUCGUACUGAAGCCCGGAGCGCUGAAAGCAACGACCAUGAACUUGGGUGGAACCGUCAUUCCGCUGGAGGAGAAAUCCAGAGACCCGCAGGUUGUCUGUUACACAGCUUUCUAUGACACAGAGGGAGUGACCCACACCAAGAGUGGGGAGAGGCAGCCCCUGCAAGUCAUUAUCCAGGUAAUCCAUCAUUGCUUGAUAAGAAUAAUAUUGCUGAAUAGAAGUCUAUUAUUUAAUGAAUUAAAGGGUCAGUCC